AUGUCAGAACUCAAUGCCUUCGUGGCCGACACGCCCACCCUUCUCUCUAUCGGCUUCGCCCUCUCCUUCAUGCCAAUCGCCUUCAGCCUCGGCACCUGGCUCAUCCCUUCGCACCAGCUCCGCAAUCGCGUGCUCUUCUUCUGGCAUGCCUACGACGCGUUGACCCACCUGUUCAUCGAGGGCUCGUUCCUAUACGAAUGCUUCUUCAGCUACGUCAACGUGCCCGUGGGUCUGCUGCGCGAACCGUUUUUCCUCGGCCACGCCGAUCGUCUGUAUGGCGCCAAAUACGGCACUUUGCCCAGCGCUCGCUUGUGGCAAGAGUAUGCCAAGGCUGACCACCGCUGGGCUACUGCUGACACUACCGUGAUUUCGCUGGAGUUGCUCACGGUGUUUCUGGCGGGGCCUGCUGCUGUGUAUAUCUGCUAUCUGCUGUACCAAAUCGGUAACCCCAAAUUGAGUGCCCAGGAGCAUGGCGCCGCAAAGGGGAAGCUCUGGCUUGUUGCGCCCGCUGUCGCAACGGCUGAGCUGUAUGGCGGAUUCAUGACGUUUGCGCCCGAGUGGCUGAGCGCGAACUCACAGCUAGAUGGGAGUAACCCGGCGUUUCUGUGGUUGUACCUUGUUUUCUUCAAUAUGCUUUGGGUAUUCAUCCCGUUUUGGAUCUUGACUGAGGCGUACAAGGAGAUCAAGGCUGUUUUUGUCAAAGCCGAGGCUUCCUCUACCGGGAAGAAGAAGGCUUGA